CCCCGAGCCCAGGGGAGCCGGCCGCCAGGGCCAAGCCCGGGCUUGGGGGGCGUCCCUCGGGAGCCGGGGCUGCCAGGCGGGCGGCGAGAGCCCCGACGAGACCUUGACCGGAGCCGGCCUUCGCGGCGGGGCGCAGAGCGGGGCUGGGGGGUCGCCUUCCUGGCCUGCCGCGCCAUGGCUGCGCCCGAGGUGUGUGAUGGGAGCCGGGCGGCCUCCACCCUCCGCUACUGCCUGACGCUCAGUGGCACGGUGCUUCUGGUGGCAGGGACCCUCUGCUUCGCCUGGUGGAGUGAAGGGGAUGCAGGCGCCCAGCCUGGCCGGCCGGCCCUGCCCACUGGGCACCCCAUGCCCGAGGCCCCCAGGCCCCUGCUCAGGGCGGUCAGCUUCUUCUGCUGCUCAGUGGGUGGCCUGCUGCUGCUCUGCGGCCUGCUGUGGUCCGUCAAGGCCAGCGCAGGGGGGCAGCCCCGAUGGGACCCAUAUCGUCUCUCCAGGGACCUGUACUACCUCACUGUGGACCCCUCAGAGGAGCGCUGCAGGACCCUACCGCCAGUCGCCAUCCCCACCUAUGAGGAGGCCAUGCGCUGCCCACCCGCGGACCCGGACAGGGGAGGACGGCCUGAGGGGCGGUGUGCACCGCCCACCCGCAGCCCCGGGGGGACGGCCUGAGGGGUGAUGUCCCCGGGGCCCCCUGUGCAGCAUCAAGAGCGGCCUCUCUGCCUAGCCGCCUAGCCGGCCGGGGCGCUCAGGGGCACCCGCUGCGUGGGCGGGUCCACUUCUCUGCCUUUGCUGCAGGACACACAGCCCGCAAUAAACCGGCUCCGUCCCCACUGCGGCCCGUGUGCUUCCUCGCCCCUGGCUUGGUGGCCGGGCCGGGGCAGCGCUGGCUCUCAGCUGGGGCAUUUUGCAGUGCCCUUGAGAAGAUAGAGGCCCAGAGCAGAGCCAGGACUGGCCCAAGGUCACGCCCUGAGUUUAGAACCAAAAGAACAUGGAUCUGACUUGAGACUGCCCGAGCAUGGGUUCCACCAGGCGCCAGCCGAGUGGCCUCACACAAGUGGCUGUCCCGCUCUCCGCCUCAGUGUCCUCAUCUGUAAAAUGGGGAUGGGGAAUUCCACGGCCCCAGCCCUGCUCAGAGCUGCGUUGUGAGGGUUAAAUGAGAGGAGAGCAGCUGGCCUGGCGAGCACACGCUGACCCUGCAGGCCCGGGGCUGGAACAUCGAAUAACAAAUGCAGAGUCCUCGUAAGGGCCUCCACCAAAGGAAGGUGUGGCCUCUACUCCCAUACCUCCUCUGACAGGGAGCUCACUUCCUCUCCUUACUUUCCAUGUGUGGCAGAAAUGUCUGCUUUCUGUCCAGCUACAUUCCGCAUCCCUACAUCUCCACAUCACCCCACUCACAGAUGGGAAAGACCAGCUCAGAGAGGUUGAGUCACCUUCCCAGGGUCCCACAGCAAGCAGGGGUUCAAAGUCCUGGGGCUCGGUCAGCUGGAUAAGGGCAGCAUUCCCCGAGGGCCUCCUGCCAUUAUUGCACAUCCUCAAGGCCGAUCUCCCACAGGUGCUGUCCCCGUUUCACAGGUGUGGAAACUGAGCCCCAGAGAGGCAAAAUCAGAGCAUAAAGGCAGAGCCAGUGUUUCCAUUCAGGCCUGGCUGGGCUGCAGGCCUGGGAUCCUCCCAUCUGGGCCUGGACCCUCUCGGUAGCUGCCCAGCCGGGCUCCCUGCUUCUGCCUGUGUCCCCUGCCGUCUCUUCUCAGCUCCGUGGCCAGAAUGAGCCUGAUCACACCCAGGCCGACGACGUCCCUCCUGGGCUCAGGACCCAGAGAGGUUCUGGCUGCCUUUGAAUACGGACUCCUGCGGUGGCCUGGGUGGGCCGUGUGUGCGGUGCCCUCCUUUCGGUCAGCCCACUGGCGCCUUUGCACUCACCUUGCCUCU